CUUCAAUCUUGCAGAAUUCUUCAAGACAUUGCCUUUUCUAUUUUGGGAGGAUGAGGACCACCAUUCCUAUUGUGGUGAUAACUUCAGUAUUUUACUUUCGCUCUGCUGAAACAAGUUCAUAUGGAGCUGGUAGCAGCAGCCAGCCUGGAACUGGUCAAGAAGCAGGAUGGUAUGGAUCUGAUAGCAGCGUAGCGGCUGAAAUUCUUCCUGCUGCAGGAAGACCGAAACCUUUGGCAGGUCAGAAGUUAAUAGUGCAAGACGGAAAAAUCAUUAUCAUAGCCGACAUCCAAAAUAAAAAAAUUAUACCAUUCAAAGAAUCAACGCAAUUUUAUGAAUUGACGAAAGUUCAACAUAUUUAUCCAACGGUUGUUGAACGAUGGCAGCGUUUCAAUGUUAAGCCCAACCAGUGGCUGCAAGACGUCAAUAAGCAUGCUGAACAAAAUUAUGAUAUGGAAUGGUUGACUGAAGAGGCUUUAAAAAUAUAUCGGCAGCACAUGGAUGAUGAAGUGAGAAGAACACAUCAUGAAACACUGCGUGCGCCAAUGAAUAUUCACAAUAUAAUUAACAACCAUUGGCAGCCGCCCAGAGGUGGAAAUUAUUAAUUCGUGAAAAAUGUUCUUCAAAUACUUUGAAAAUAAAUUAGAUACAGUCGGUUAAAUAAGAGCGUGGUCACUGUUGUGCGAAAAUAAAAAGACUCAAUACGAAAAUUCAUGCAAAUACAUUAAUAGCAGGUCCAAUCACCUUCUGCGUCAAUAAUGGCUUGACAUCUUCGAGGCAUACUUUGGACAGAACCGCGAUUUGGGAAGUCAUCGACAUUUUUCACCUCUUUGAAACGAUUCCACCAUUUACUCACAAACUGUUUUGACUUCUGCAUAUAUUUCGCAGCAGCUGCUUGGGUCAUUUUGAGAAUUUUAGGGCGCGAGCACAAAAAAACUGCUUCGAAGCGCGAAGCGUACCCUGGCAGACCAAAGGAACCGAUUAGAGCCUCUACAAAGUACCCCUAAAGACCCCAUUGGUUCCUCAUUCGGUUUUUGUUGCAGCGUUAAAAACUUUAAAAAAUAGAGUACCUGUCAUUUUCAUCGGCCGAAGGUGCCUUCAAGUGCAUCUUUUUUUAGUAGCAUUUAAUAAGCGUUCCGUCGAUAACUUUAAGAAUUUUGUCUGGCUGCUAGCGCCACGCAGU